UUCUUAAUACUUUCUAUAAUUGGUUACACUCCCACAGUCCAGUUGUGUAAAUUCUGGUCUAAGUCUCGCAACUGAAUAAAAAAGGAAAGCCAUGGCCUUCAAACCUUUUGAGCGUAUUCAUUCACACCACGGAUUAAGGUUGGGCAGAUCGGUGAAGAAGUUGGUUUCAGAGGAUGUGGUGGUGUCUGUCCUGCUUUAAACCUUCCACUAAACAUGAUCCCUCUGAGGAUCGUUUUGAAGCAGAAACCAAUAUUGUUACAGAUAUUUCACUGUAUGAAGAUGUCAUCUUACGCCAGAGAAAAUCAGAAGCUGAUCAAAUUGAAUGGGCCAUUCAAGAUGGCUAUAACCAGCAAGAAACUUCUGCUCGUCGUCGUCGUCAGCGAGAGCUGGAUGAUCAGAUAGCGCGUGGUUUGCAGUACAAGGAAGAAACCGAGCUUGAUAAAUCUUUGGUUGACGUAGAAGAUCAGCUGCUUUCUAAGAUUGUUGAGGAGAGUUUGAAGGAUAAAGGCAAAAGAAAGCAAUUUGAAGAUGGUCUUGUGGAGAAUGAUGAACAACAUGCUCUUAUUCUUCAGCAGAGUCUAUACAUGGUGGAGCCUCUUCCUCGACUCGAAGAAAAUAAAAACAUUACCCCAAUAACUCCGCUGAAAGAAGAUACGCAGGAGAGUUGCAAGGGUAAGGGCCAAAUAGAUCUUAACGUGAACCGUCCUCAUAGCAUUUGUGAUGGUUGCAAUUCUGCAAUUGAAUAUGGAAGAAGCUCUGUUAAUGCCUUGGGUGUUAAUUGGCAUCCUGAAUGCUUUUGUUGUCUUUAUUGCGACAAUCCGAUCGCUAUGCACGAGUUUUCAAACACAAAAGGGAGGUGUCAUAUAACCUGCUACAAGGAGCGUCGUCACCCAAACUGCUAUGUCUGCAAAAAGAAGAUUCCUUCAACCGUGGAAGGUAUAAAGUAUAAUGAACAUUCGUUCUGGAAGGAAAAAUACUGCCCUUCUCAUGAAGUUGAUGGAACUCCCAAGUGUUGCAGUUGUGAAAGAUUAGAGGCCUGGGGAACGAAGUAUGUAAUGCUUGCUGACAAUCGGUGGCUAUGCGUAAAAUGUAUGGAAUGCGCUGUUAUGGAUACUUAUGAAUGCCAACCUUUGCACUUUGAAAUCCGUGAAUUCUUCGAAAGCUUAAAUAUGAAGGUUGAGAAAGAGUUUCCUCUUCUUUUGGUGGAGAAAGAAGCGCUAAAUAAAGCUGAGGCGCAAGAAAAGAUUGACAAUCAGCAUGGGGUUGUAACCAGAGGUAUUUGUCUGUUUGAAGAGCAGACCGUUGAUAGUGUCAUAAAAAGGCCAAUCAUGGGGCCGAACAAGGAGCUAGUAGGCAUGGUUACAGAACCUCAAAGGGUUAUUGGUGGAUGUGAGGUCACUGCAAUUCUUAUCCUUUAUGGACUUCCUAGGUUACUAACUGGAUAUAUAUUGGCUCAUGAGAUGAUGCAUGCUUGGCUAAGACUCAACGGUUACAGGAAUCUUAAGUUAGAGUUUGAAGAAGGAAUAUGCCAAGUGCUAGGCCAUAUGUGGUUGGAGUCACAGACCUACUCCACCACUUCUGCAGCUUCUUCGUCUUCGUCCCACACUCCAGCUGCUAGUUCAUCAAAGAAAGGUGCUAAAUCUGAUUACGAGAAGAAACUGGUGGAGUUUUGCAAGGAUCAGAUAGAAACAGACGAUUCACCGGUCUAUGGUGUUGGAUUCAAGAAAGUUAACAAGAUGGUCUCAGACUCGAGCCUCCAUAAAAUCCUGAAAAGGAUUCCACAGUGGACGAAACCAGAUUCAAAUCUUUGAAGCAGCCAUUUAGGAAACACAUAUAAACAGACCCUUUUAUAUACCUGCAUAUAUAUAUACAAAAGCACCACUACAACAAAGUCCACAAGACACAUCAAGUACACACUUACAUCUUCUUUUUUAGUCUUUUAUUUUGGGGUCAAAAGUACACUUAUGUCUUUUUUUUCUUCUUUCUUUUUGUUGUGUCUUUUUAAAGACUUAAACAGAAAAAGGAUAUCUGGCAAAAAAAACAGAUAUGAUUACCCCAAUACCCAAUGAUGACAUUCUAUAUUCAGGACGUUAUAUCAGAGUAUGCCAAAAUCAUAGUACAAUUACAAUCA